AUGGCGAAGUUUAAAUUGAAAAAACCUUCAAAACGACAGCCAGCACGCCUUCGUUAUAAAAUCGAGAAAAAAGUUAGAGAACACAAUAGAAAAUUGAAAAAAGAAGCGAAGAAGAAUCCUAAAUCUAAAAAGACGAAGCCAAUUCAAAUACCAAAUGUUUGUCCAUUUAAAGAAGACAUUUUGAAAGAAGUGGAAGCUGUAAAGAAACAUAAGGAGGAAGAAAAACAAAAAAGAAAAGAGCAAGCUAAAUUCGAAAAACAGAAGAAAUUAGAAGAGAAGAAAAACAACCCUGUAGCAAUGGAUAAAUUGGUAGCCAAUGCAGAGGCCAGAGGCAGGGUUCAUGAUGUAUUCAAAGGCAGUGAUAAUACAAAUGGUGAUGUUGAAUUUGGUAAAGAUAGACAGCAAGAGAACUCCCUUAAGACAUAUUACAGAGAAUUUAAAAAGGUGAUUUCAGAAGCUGAAGUUAUCUUAGAAGUAGUUGAUGCAAGAGAUCCAUUAGGUACUAGGUGCAUUCAAGUGGAAGAGGCAGUGCGUGAGUCCGGCAAGCGAUUAGUAUUAGUACUUAACAAAGCCGACUUAGUUCCACGAGGAAAUCUAUCAGCCUGGCUAAAGUAUCUACGAAGGUUUGCACCUGCUGUUCCAUUCAAAGCUUCCACCCAAGAUCAGCAGCAUAAUUUAGGAAGGAGGAAAAUGAAACAUAUAGUGAAAGAGAAAGAAAUGAAAGGUUCGGCUUGUGUCGGAGCAGAGCUGCUCAUGAGUCUAUUAGGCAAUUAUUGUCGCAACAAGGGAAUUAAGACUUCUAUAACAGUUGGCGUGGUGGGUUUGCCUAAUGUCGGCAAGAGUUCCAUCAUCAACAGCUUAAAUAGAUCUAAGGCCUGCAACGUUGGCAGCACUCCAGGUGUUACUAAGCAGAUGCAGACAGUCCAGCUCGACUCGAAGAUCAAGAUCCUCGACAGCCCCGGUAUAGUGUUCCACACGGGAUCUGACAAUGACGCGUCCGUUGCUUUGAAGAACGCGAUCCGAGUGGGCAGCCUCAAGGACCCAGUGACACCGGCCACGGCAAUACUGCAAAGGGCGCACAAACAAACCCUGGUCGACUUGUACUGUGUACCACAGUUCAACACUCCUCAGGAGUUCUUUGCAAGUUUAGCGUCGCGCAUGGGCAGGUUUAAGAAGGGCGGGGUGCCAGAUCAGGAAGCUGCUGCCAGGAUACUUCUCAACGACUGGAACACUGGAAAGGUCCGAUACUUCACUGAGCCGCCAGAGGAGUCUGAAGACGUUCACGUGGACGCGAAGAUCGUCACCGCAGCGGCACAAGAAUUCGACAUCAACUCGUUCGAAGCGAUGGAGACGGAAGCAAUAGACGCCCUGCAGACGGGAAACGAAGAUCUUGAUGGCAUUAAGAUCACCAGCACGGGACCGGUGAAAGCCGCUCAAGAGCUGAACGAGAUGCAGGUAGACGAGGACGAGUCCUCGCUGCUGCCGAAGAAGGUGACCAUCCGCCCGAAGCUGGACAAGGCGAAAGCCAGGGAGAAGGAGCGGGGGGACCCCGAGAUGCAAAUAGAGGGCAACACCAAGCAGAACAGGCUGCGCAAGAUGCAGUUCAAGAAGGACAAGAAGAAACAGAAGAGGGUCGAGAAGCAAGCGCUCAACCUGGCGGGCGUACUGGAGAACGUAACGCUCACGACGUACAAGAAGGGCGAUGACUACGACUUCAAGGAAGACUUUUCGCUG